UGGCCCAAGGUUUUGUAGGCACUAACAAUGACAAGCUGUAUCGGCGGCGUUUACAUCUCAUCUUGCCUUAUGACACAACCCCACCUGCUUGACGGUUGAGCAAUCGUCUGUCUUCACUCUUGCCUGUCAUUUUUAUUGUCACAUCCAGCCAUAAGUCUUUUUUGAAGACCCCACGUGCUCUUCUUCUCCUCUCAGGAGCUCACAGCUGGUCUUUAUUUUCUGACUUUGUUUGCUAAAUACAAACUGGAAUGAAUCGCUUCAGGAAUCACUUCAAACUCACCCCCAACAACAACAACAACCACAAGUUUGAAAACAACUUUGAUAAAUCUGUUCUCAAUGAACACAAGGAUAAGCUUAUUGAAGCCAUUAGGAAGAUAAAGCGUGGAGCAAACCAAUGUCAUGACGAGGAAAGGGAGACUUAUGGUGAAUCCAUCGAUGUGGAGUAUAAGUUUGACGAGAUGGAGAGGGAGAUCCGAGCAGAGUUCCGGAACCUCCAUCGCUUCCUGGACGAGGAGGAAGAGAAUGACCUCGAGCGACUCCGGAAAGAGAAAGAAAAACGAAUCAAUUUGUUAAAAGAAAGGGAGAGGAAAAUCGCCAUGCAAGGGAGGAAUCUGGAGAAAGUGGUUGAAUCUCUGAACUAUAAACUGACGGAAGAGGACAGUCCUAGACUGCUGAGGGACAUCAGAGAACUCCUAAAGAGGUGUGAUGUCAAUUACAUUUCCCCUCCCCCAGUGGACAGUGAGGUGUACUCGGGACAGUUCGUGGGGCCUAUUCAGUACAGGAUCUGGAAACACAUGAAGGCCUGUCUAUACCCAAACAUCUCAGUGCUGACAUUUGACCCGGAGACUGCCCACCCGCUCCUGGACCUCUCGUCCAGCUGCAGCUCGGUGGUGUUCGACGAGGACAAACCCAUGCCAUCCAAGGAGGAGCUGGAGAGGAACCCUCGCUGCUUUAACUACUACUACUGCAUCUUCGGCCGGGAGGGCUUCACCACGGGCCGCCACUACUGGGAGGUGGGCGUGGCCACAAAAACAGCCUGGCGGGUGGGCGUGGCGCGCGAGGACAUCCCUCGCGGCGAAAUGAAGUCCAGCACCUGUGCCGAAGGCUUCUGGACGCUGGCGCUCAAGAACGGCUCCGUCGUGGCCUCCACCUACCCGAAGCCCACCGCCUUACGGAUCUCUUUCCCUCCUGUGCGCAUCGGCGUCUUCCUGGACUGUGAGAGGGAGGAGGUGACCUUCUACAAUGCCGUUACCAUGGCGCCGCUCUUCUCCUUCAUCAUGGAUGAUGUGGAGUGGCCCCUCCUGCCCUUCUACAACCCCUGUGACACGGACGAGGGGAGGAACGUCGCACCAAUCACCAUGUUCUCGCCUUCCUUGUGACGCAGUUGAACAACAGUACUUUUGAAAUCUUGGUAACACUUUACAAUAACGUCCCAUUCACAGCUUUAUAAACAUUUAACAAAGCAUUUACAAAUGUUUGUAAAUGAGUAAUAACCAAACUAUGACAGCACAGUGGAGUGGGACUAAACUUCUGCUGUGUGAGUUUGAUGUGGUUUCAUGCCUUCUGGUCUUUGGAGGAGAAAUUUCCAGGACCGCUGCGACUGCGCUGUGUCUGCUGUGUUAGCAUAGUAUUUCUUGCCCAUUUAUAAACAUUUGUAAACAUUUUGUUGAUAAUUAGUUAAGUGUUUAUAAAGCUGUGAAUAGGACGUUAUUGUAAAGUGUUACUGAAAUCUUAGAUUUAGAGGUAUAUAGACAGAUCUUUUUGUUGUUUGUUUGUUCCUUAUCUGUUGUUUGUAGCCUACUGAUGUGGACUAUGUACCAACUUCCAAAUGCAUCGUUUUGUGAGUACAGACCAUAUUUGUACUACUGUAGAAGUUUGGUGUCAUGGCAUGUGAUUUUAGUGUGGUAAGUUUGAAGAUGCUGCCAAGUUACAUUUGCGCUUGUACUAAGCUAUUCGGAAUAACUCUGUAACUCGGCUAAUGUUCACCCAAGGUAGAAAACACUUCAGGUGGACUACUGGAUGGAUGUCACAGUUCAAAUGGCAUUACGGUGAAUCUACUCCGAACCAUCACUUUAAUGUUAAAGGAAGAGGAAUCAUUGUGCUUUUAUACAUUAGGCCUUCCAUUACUAUGUAUAUAUCCACUGGUACAGUAUCCUCUGCAUGUGGGAAUGAUAGAGACUCUUUAUGUUUUUAUUUUAAUGUUUUCCAUAUAUUUAGUAUUGUGAAAUAUGUAUUAUUAAUAUACAUUUAUUUCAAAUGUCCGAUCUACAUGCUGAGUGUUGUGACAUGUCAGUUUCCUCA